UGAGCUGUUGAAGCAAAUCAGGAUAAUCUACGUAACAGUCCAUCCUCCUCCUCAUCCUCAUCCUCGGGUCGGUCUGUCCUCUUCAUCCGCGAAACCGAGAGCCAUGGCCGCGCAGAAGAUCAACGAGGCGCACGAGCACAUCGCCAACGCCGAGAAAUGCUUGAAGACCAGCAUGACCAAGUGGAAACCUGAUUAUGAUGAAGCCGCUUCAGAGAUGGCGAAAGCAGCUGUGGCUUUCAAAAACGCCAAACAGUUUGAACAAGCGAAGGAUGCGUACCUGAAGGAGGCCGAGUACCACACAGAAAACAAAGCACUCUUCCAUGCAGCAAAAGCGUAUGAACAGGCUGGCAUGAUGCUGAAGGACAUGAAGAAAAUGCCUGAGGCCAUUCAGCUGAUCGAGAAGGCCAGCAUCAUGUACGUGGAGAACGGGACAUCUGGCACCGCUGGAAUAGCCUUGGACAGAGCUGGGAAACUCAUCGAGCCGAUUGAUCUGCAGAAAGCCGUGGACUUGUAUCAGAAGGCCGCAUCUGUGUUUGAGAAUGAAGAUCGUCUCAGACAGGCCGCAGAGCUUCUGGGAAAAUCCUCCAGACUUCUGGUGAGACUGCGCAGGCUGGACGAGGCCGCUGUGUCCCUUCAGAAAGAGAAGAACAUGUACAAGGAAAUUGAGAACUACCCCACCUGCUUUAAGAAAACCAUUGCUCAAGUGCUGGUUCAUCUCCACAGAGGAGACUUUGUGGCUGCAGACAAGUGUGUCAGAGAAAGUUACAGUCUCCCAGGGUUCAGUGGGAGCGAGGACUGUGUUUCCAUGGAGACGCUACUGGCGGCGUAUGACGAGCAGGACGAGGACCAGGUGUCACGCGUCUGCAACUCACCUUUACUGAAGUACAUGGACAACGACUAUGCCAAGCUGGCGAUCUCUCUGAGGGUGCCCGGUGGAGGCGGCGGGAAGAAGAAGAAAUCUCCUGUUGCUCCUCAAGGGGGAAGCGCCGGCCCGCCACCGGCCAAGGAAGAUGACGAUUAUGAGGGAGGUUUGUGUUAACUGAGAGAACGGCCCGACUCCUCCAUCCGUCUGUGUGUGUGUGUGUGAACGAGCAUAUUAGUGUUUCCUCCCUUUGUGCAGUGGAGUCAUUCUGUUCCUGUUUGUCCCGCCUGUAGGAGCAUCCGGAUUUCUGUGCGUUUACUCAUCAGACACACAGAAAACCCUGCACACACAGGCUGUGGACAUCAGUUUAACAUAUUUAAUGCCGAAGAGGUUCAUUUCUUUGCCACAAGAUGCACCAAAUGCAAUAGAGCGCUGAAGUGAUGACAUGUUCUUGCAGUCAGCGUCACCCUGGUUUAUUUGACAAAAACACAAUAGGGUUUUUCCAUCUGCUUUUGGAUUACUGUAGAAAAUAAGAUCUGUGAGCAACAGAAGUUUGUGAUUCUUACAUG